UUCAAACUCGCAGGCAGAAGUAGAGCACACAGUCCAGUCUACAGCACUGAUAGAAGAUGUUGCACAUUCUCAUCUUUGGAUGUGUGCAGUUUACAGGCACUUUGUGGAAAUAACCAGUCUGCAACCGAGUUUGCAACCGACCAGUAACACAUGGAUCCAGCUGUUUCAGUUGUGGCAGGUGGGGAAUUAGCCAUGAUGAACUGUAAAAUCCAGACCUAGUGUGAAACAGAGAUGAUUCAACCUGAAGUCACACGUGUCCUCUUUGUGUUUGGACUCUUCCAGAAAGGUCUAACAUCUGUAAUCCAUUCUGUGGAGACUGUGGAGGAGGCAGUGGGAGAAGAUGCUCUCCUCAGCUGUCAGAUCCUACAGUCUGAAAAUGUGGAACAUGUCACAUGGCAGAAACAGACGCUAGAUGGGGUGACCAAUCUCGCCAGCUUCAACAAUUUCUUUGGCUCCAGGGUGAUGUCAGACUUCAGAGGUAAAGUGGAGGUGAAAGAUGGUGGACUGCACAGCCGCUCCAUAGUGAUCAAGAAUGUGACGGAGGAGGAUGAAGGCUGCUACCUCUGCCUCUUCAUCACCAAGCCUGCUGGAGCGCUCACUGGCAGAACCUGCCUCAGGGUCUUUGAGCUGCAUGAACCCGUUCUACACGUGAGAGAAUCAGAUUCAACUGAUGAGUUCCUGGUUUCCUGCUCCGCCACAGGACGACCUGCUCCAACCGUAACUCUCAACGUCACACAGCAAGACUUCUACCUCUCACAGAACCAAACUGUGUUGAUCAACACAAACGGUACAUUCACUGUCACUGCCACAGCCGUGUUGGCAGGUUUCCAUGAUGCUGGUAGACUGGUUGGAUGUGCCGUGCAGGUGCUCUCCUGUCGUAAAGAAGCGUUUGUGGAGAUUCCUGACGUGAAACUGACGCCUCCCAGUGGUGUGGAUGAGGGAUCUGGAUCUGCUGGCAGAAGCUUCAUCAGGAUGUGGAUUGUGGUAGUGACCUGCCUUUGCACUGCUUCAUUCUUCGCUGUCUUGAUAAUACGAAAACUAAGCAGCAGAUCCUUCAGUCUGUCACACAGAGACCAGGAGAUGAUUGAGGUUCCUCAAACUGCAGACGCUGAUACGGCCCAAGAAGCUUUGUCCCCACCAGUGGAGAGUUCGGUUAGAAAACGGACACCUCCUUCAGAAGAUAGACAGAACGUAGAUAGGACCUGAGUCGCCUUCAAAAGUCAGAAGUCUUCAAUCUGACCAGUAGGUGAAACUCAGGUCUCCACUGAAAGUUCAAUGUUGUCAACUGUAGACGGAGUUUCUUCAUCCACAGAAAUUUCAAUUUCCUGUUAUAUUUUCAUGUUCCAUCUGUUGCCUGUUAGAAGUGUGUUCGACCCUCUACCCGUUCGUUUUGAUGCCAGAAUUUCUUCAGACUUUAGGGGGCAAA